CUUCUGAGCGGGACUCACCCUCUUUUGGAGAACUUACUUUCAGUUUCACCCAGUGGGGUGGUUUGUUUGCAUGAAGGCAAGUCAUGAUGAGGAAAUAUUCAGCUGAAUAACAUCACUGACAUCCAAAGUUCAGCCUUGGGGAAUAGAAACUGAAAAUCAACAUAAGAUUAAUAAAAGGACAUCCAUCACCCAAGAGGCGACGGGCAAAUCCAGAAAUAUCCAUGGCUGCUGUCAUUGAUGGAGAUCCUGCACCCAGACAGAACAACCAAAGCAGGUGGAAGAUACAGCCAGAGGUUUUCAAAAGAAAUUAUUUGCCUAACCAACGUCCAAAGGUGGUGUACCUGCUGUAUGAAAUCAGGUGGAGCAGAGGUACCGUCUGGAGGAACUGGUGCUCAAACAGUUCCACCCAUCAUGCUGAAGUCAACUUCUUAGAAAACUGUUUCAAGGCCAAUCCAUCAGUUUCUUGCUCCAUUACCUGGGUCCUAUCUACUACACCCUGUGGGAAAUGUUCCAGAAGAAUUCUGGAUUUCCUGAGUGGAUAUCCCAAUGUGACCUUGGAAAUAUAUGCAGCCAAGCUGUUCAAGCAUCUGGAUAACCGUAACCGGCAAGGUCUCUGGAACCUGGCAAAAAAUAAAGUCAUUAUACAUAUCAUGAAUCUUGCAGAUUACAAUUACUACUGGAAAAGAUUUGUUGCAUACCAAGAUGGCGAAGAUGAUUAUUGGCCCUGGAGUUUCGCUCCAUACAUCUUUCUGAAUUGGAUAGAGCUCCGUCAUAUCCUUUUGGGACUUCCUCCGAUGUUGUCAAACUAAAUACUAACAAACACCAGCAGCAUGCCUCCGACAGUAUUUUCUGCUGCAGCCUUCAACUAUGAGCCUCAAACUGCCACCAGAGAAAGCUCUCAUCACUGGCUGGGCUUUGCCACUAUUUGCCACAGCAGAAGGCGCACAUGAGAAACCAUCAGAAAGUUUGCAUGAGGCUGCAGGACAUGAUAUUCUGUUACAGAGAGUAACACUUUUCAUGUUCUGAUCUGAAGCAAAGAAGUAAUCAAUCAGAACAAUGCAUUCUGAUUUUGAGAAUUUCUUAUUACUGUCGCUUCUAUGGCUAUGUGUGUAAUGUUUCAGAAAAUAUAUCAUACUAUUACAGUAUUUAGGUAAUAUUAUUGUUACAUUACUGCUUUUAUUAAUGUAUAAUACAUUAAUAUUAUUAAGGAU